GUCACAAUCUUCAUGUUAUCUUGUUCUUUCUUGAUUUAAUUAAUCAGAACAGGUCACGUGACUAAUUAUUUGUUACAUUUUGCUUAAUUCCGGGAUUAUAUGUCAUUAAGGAAUCAUAACUCUGUCAGGUGAUUGAGAUGGACGCGCGAUGCUGCGUGUUACUUUUCAUGUGUAUGGUCUCCUGUGUUACUGGUCAGAGUAUUGAUGCUAUUGUAAAUGAAGCUGUGGAUACUGCAUUUGGUGGUGGAGCUGGAGGGUUAGGUGGGACUGGUGGGGCUGGUCUGGCCGCCUUUGGGGCUCCAGCAGGGGGCGCCCCAGCAUUUGAGGCUGCGCCAACAGCAGGGCAAAUUCCAGCAAGUCGAACUGCUACCGGGCCGGCCCCCAGACCUGAAGGCGGUAGAGGCUCGGGGGCAGCCAGGGCACUAUCCAGAUUCUCCCAGAGUAACUCCCCGGCGACAAAUGCUCUCCUCAGCGACCGAUCAACAAGGGCGUCGUUUGCUUCCAGGAGAAUCGCACAAAAUUUAGCUGGAGGUACGACAGCAGCUUUUCAGGGAGGCAUGGGAGGAACGGGUGACAUGGGAGUGGCCUUACAGAGGGCUGCCCAAGAUGAAGAAAUCGCAGCAAGCUUUCAGCGAGCGUUUGAGCGUUACUGCUAUGAGAGACCCCUUUGUGAUGUGAGUGAUCCUUACCGGAGAACAGACGGACAAUGUAAUAAUUUGUUCGAACCUUUGCUAGGAUCAGCCCUUACGCCUCAACAGCGUGUUCUACCUGCAGCGUAUGACGACUUCAUUGACACUCCUAGAACCCGCUCUGUCACCGGCGGAAUCCUGCCUAGUGCGAGAACAGUCAGUAACAACGUCUUCCAGUACCUGGGAGGGGGCAUGACCCCAGUCAGUGCCGUGUUCUCCACCUACCUCACUCAUCACGGACAGUUCAUUGAUCAUGACGUCAUCGCCACUCCCUCUGAACAACUUGGAACUCCAGAAAACCCCAGGGCUAUUUUAGACUGUUGUUUUCCGGUGAAUGAGAAGCCAGAUGCCUGUUUUAACAUAUUUGUACCUCAACCAGAUCCAUUUUUCCCGCCUAACCGAUACUGUAUGAACUUUGUUCGUCACGCAGGUGCUCCUCCGUUGAGAUGUGAAAACGGUGUCCGCCAACAAAUCAAUCAGAGAACAGCAUUCGUCGAUGGUUCUAUGAUCUAUGGAUCUGACCUCAUUCUUGAGGGAAACUUGAGAUUAGGAGCUUUUGGAAGACUCGCAGAAAAUUUCCAGAAUCUUCUGCCGCCUCACCCAGAAGGAUGCCCUGCCGAAAUCAUGACUAGGUUUCACUGUUUCAUAGCAGGAGACCACAGACCAAGCGAGACACCAACUCUUACUAUUCCACACAUCACGUGGUUAAGACGUCAUAAUCUCAUUGCUGAUGCAUUAAGACAGGCUACUGGCAUCCAAGAUGACGAAAUUCUUUUUCAGGAAGCAAAAAGAAUAGUGAUAGCAGAGCUUCAACAUGUGACAUACAACGAAUUUUUACCCGCCGUUCUUGAUAAUUUCCACAUGACUUCUUUUAAUUUAAGAUCAAGCCCAUUCGGACAUGCUAAUGUUUACAGUCCUCAAAUUGAUCCAAGAACGAUCAAUGCUUUUGGUGUAGCUGCCUAUCGAAUGGGUCACAGUUUGGUAAGAAACACAGUAGGUCACGACAGGGGAGUAGGGGGUGUUCAGUCAUUUCCUGUAAGUCAACAUUUUGAGCGUCCUGAUCUCAUGUUUAAUAACGGAUAUGAAUAUAUGGCUCGUUGGAUGUCCCGUGAACCUAAAUCUAGGGGUGAUAGAUUCCUGGUUGACGGAAUCAGAAAUAGAUUGUUUGAAUUCCCACCGGUUGAUGGAAUGCAUCCAUCAGAAACCCUGUCCUUUGAUCUGGGAGCGUUGAAUGUCCAGAGAGGCCGAGAUCACGGCAUACCUUCUUACAACGCUUACAGACAAUUCUGUGGACUUCAAAGAGCGGUCUUCUUUGCUAAUGUCCCAGGAGGACUUGUUGACCACUCCCCUCAGGCAGCAGCUGCUCUGCAGCAAACUUACAGUCACCCUGACGAUCUUGACCUCUUUGCCGGUGGUAUGUCUGAAACUCCUCGACAAGGAAGCAUUCUAGGACCUACGUUCCAAUGUCUUAUAGCAUUCCAAUUUAGUCUUUACAAACACGGUGACCGAUUUUGGUAUGAACGCACCUUCCAAGAAAAUCCACUGGCCGCUUUUACACCAGCUGAACUAGCACAAAUUAAGCAAACAAGAUACUCAAAGAUUCUGUGUUCAGUUGUGAAGAACAUUCCUGGCACUGUCCAUUCCUUUCAACCAAAUCUGAUGUUACGUCCUAACAUCCAAGGGAAUUCUCCACUCCCAUGCAAUGUCAUUUUACAAGGAAACCCGCUAGGGUUUGACAUCACACCAUUUGCACGACAGCUUUUACGAUUAGGCGGCCGAAGACGUCGACGUCAAACAUUGCGGGGACCCAGUCCAUUUAAUCCGGGCAUGCGCGGUAUUCUUCAGACUGCUACUUUGCAAAAUGAUGCAGCAAUUUUAUCUUCGAUUAACACCAGAGGUUCUAUCCCAAGCGGAAGAAGAGAAAUACAGAGAACCAAAGUAUAUUAAAAAUAAAAAAAAAAAUAGCGUCACUAUCCUUUCUGUUCUUACAAAAAAUUGUUGGGGUUUAGGAUUUGGAUGUGUUUUAAUGUGUUUGAAUUGAGAAUCUUUAUACUUACCAUAGCCCUGAAGUAUUCCAUCUUUUAACAGUAAGAGAAAAAAUGAUUGAAUCUAACGAGAUUUUACUAUUUUGUUAGUUUUAUAAUCGAUUUGAAAAGAAUUAACUUCUGUCGACAAAUGAAAUCUUUGAAAUGAUAUAUAUUGAAAGAAUAAACUUAAACAAUUUACUUACGGAAAAACUAGCCAUAAUAUUUUAUUACUUCUUUUGUGUUGCACAGUGUUUUGUAUUAAUAAACUGUUUUGUUUGCACCGAUGACUUGUGGUAUAUAUCUUUGAAUGAAAAAAUAAAAUUACGUAAUAAUCGUC